GUGUGUGCGUCACGUGUGCCGUCGCAUCUCCUAGCGGUGUGUAGAGGUGACCUAUAGUCACUCUGACAGCAGCCCUUCCCGCAGACUGACCUGGUGAUUUGAUCGCAGCUCCUCGCCUCACUGUACAUCGCUAUCAAAAUGCCCGAAGCUAUCAGAGUCCUGGUGACCGGCGCUGCAGGUCAGAUCGCCUACUCCUUGAUGCAAAGCAUCGCCAAUGGGUCUGUCUUUGGCAAAGACCAGCCUGUUGUGCUUGUUCUGUUGGACAUCACGCCCAUGAUGGGUGUGUUGGAUGGGGUUGUGAUGGAGCUUCAUGACAGUGCUCACCCUACGCUGAAAGAGGUGAUUGGCACAGAUAAGGAAGAAGUGGCCUUUAAGGAUCUAGAUGUUGCCAUUCUGGUUGGUUCCAUGCCAAGAAAGGAGGGCAUGGAAAGAAAGGACUUGCUGAAAGCCAAUGUGAAAAUCUUCAAGUCUCAGGGAGCUGCUUUGGACAAAUACUCAAAGAAAACCGUCAGGGUUGUGGUUGUGGGGAAUCCAGCCAACACCAACUGCCUGACUGCUCUGAGGUCUGCUCCAUCCAUCCCUAAAGAGAACUUCAGUUGCUUGACCCGUUUAGAUCACAACAGAGCCCUUGCUCAGAUUGCACUCAGGUUGGGAGUGUCAUCUGGUGAUGUAAAGAAUGUGAUUAUUUGGGGAAAUCAUUCAUCCACCCAGUAUCCUGAUGCUUCUCAUGCCUCUGUUAACAUAGAAGGGAAGGAGUCUUCUGCACUUGAUGCUGUGAAAGAUGACAGCUGGAUAAAAGGAGACUUCAUCUCUACUGUGCAGCAGCGCGGUGCCGCUGUUAUUAAGGCAAGGAAGUUAUCCAGUGCCAUGUCUGCUGCCAAAGCCAUCUGUGAUCACGUGAGAGACAUCUGGUUUGGAACCCCAGAGGGGCAGUUUGUUUCUAUGGGUGUCAUUUCUGAUGGAAACCCCUAUGGAGUGCCUGAAGGUUUGCUGUAUUCUUUCCCUGUUACCAUCAAGGAUAAGACCUGGAAGAUUGUUGAAGGUCUAAAGAUCGAUGCCUUCUCUCGUGAGAAGAUGGAUUUAACUGCCAAAGAACUUCAGGAAGAAAAGGACACCGCAUUUGAGUUUCUUUCUGCGUGACUAGAUACUAGUCCAGAAAUGCACUUAAAUGAUAAAGUGAAAAGUUACCUGUAGCUCCGAUCUGUUUAUGCCUGAAACCAAUGUCCAUUCAACUGUAACUGUUUGUAGCUAAUGCAUUACUAGCUGUAGUGAGUAAAUAAAAUCCCUAUUGGGGUUUAACUUC